AUGAGCAUCUUAUUCGGACACGAUUAUUUUAACGAAACAAAACCUACGCUGAAACGUCUGGAAAAGAAAAUAAAUCAGACGGACAAAAACCAAACCACCACCGCCGCGGAAGUGGUCGUGAAUAAAAAUGAAAUCACAAAACUUCACAGUAUAGGCGAUCAGUAUGCCUGGCACAGAUUUCCGAAUUCCAUUGCCUAUCCACGGAACAGCUAUAAGACGGAUGAGAUUUCCAAAUCCGACGUGGACAAUACGAAAUUUAUAGGAUUUGCCAUGACUGACGGAUCUAACACAGCUCCAACUAUGGGUGCACCGCUUAGUUUUUCCACUAAUUCUGCCGGAAAUGUUGUUCUCCACAUGAAAAAUGGCAAUGGUCUAAUCCGCGCUACUUUCAUGUAUUUCAUAACUCAGGAUUAUCUCGGAUCCGGAGGUAUAACCAUUCAGGUUAUGAGUUUAAAGUUUAGAGAUGUGGACGCAUCCGGAACCGUUACCGACAGGACGGGAAAUAUGGAACUAUUGUGUUAUCUGGUAAUUUUACAGUAA